UUCCCACCAUCUCAUUUAUAUUUCUCUGUCGCUUCCUUUUCAACUUCUCUAUAUAUAGUUCAUACAACAUAUAUAUUUCUCUUUUAAAAAUGUCUCCAGCAUUGGCAAAAUCUGCUGAAAAUUUGAAGAAUGAAAUUGAAGAUUAUCAUAAAGGAGUGAAGUAUUUGCAUGAAAGUGGAAUUCAAAGAGUACCAAAAAAGUACAUCUUUCCUAUUUCUGAACGUCCUAAAUAUGCUAUAAAUGGGAAGCAACAAGCUAGAAAAGAACACAACCUUAAGCUCCCCAUCAUAGAUUUUGCUCAACUCCAUGGACCUAAUAGAGCUCAAGUUCUUGAUUCAUUAUCCGAUGCUUGUGAAAACUAUGGAUUUUUCCAGUUAGUAAACCAUGGAAUUCCGGAUGAGGUUAUAAGAAGCACGGUGGAUGUUGGGGGAAGGUUUUUUGAUCUACCAUUAGUAGAAAGAGAGAAGUACAUGACAACGGACAUGACAACACCAGUUAGAUGUGGGACGAGUUUUAAUCAAACAAAAGAUGGUGUCUUUUGUUGGAGAGACUUUCUUAAGUUGGUUUGUCACCCUCUUCCUGAUGUUCUUCCUCAUUGGCCUUCUUCUCCCUCUGAUUUUAGGGAAAAGGCAGUUGCAUACUCGAAAGAGACCAAAUUCUUGUUUUUAAAGUUAGUGGAAGCCAUCCUAGAGAGCCUUGGCAUUACAACAAAAAACAAGACACAAAAUAAUGAAAUGUUAAAAGAAUUUGAAGAUGGAAGCCAGCUGAUGGCUGUCAAUUUCUACCCUCCUUGUCCUGAUCCUGAUUUGACACUUGGAAUGCCACCUCAUUCUGAUUAUGGAUUCCUAACUCUUCUUCUUCAAGAUGAAGUUGAAGGUUUGCAAGUGAAGUGCAAUGGAGAUUGGGUCACUGUUCAACCUAUCCCUGGUGCUUUUGUGGUCAAUGUUGGUGACCACCUCGAGAUAUUUAGCAAUGGGAAGUACAAGAGUGUGCUACAUAGAGUUCUUGUGAACUCCUUGAAGUCAAGAAUUUCAGUGGCUUCCUUGCAUAGUCUUCCAUUCAAUAGCGUAGUAAGGCCGUCACCUAAAUUAAUUAGUGAAACAAAUCCAAAACGUUACAAAGACACAAAUUUUGCUGCAUUUCUUGAGUACAUAAAAUCUUGUGACUCCAUCAACAAGAGUUUCCUCGAGACAAGGAAGUUAACAUGAAAAAAAUCGAACACACUACUAGAAAUUCGUCAAAUUCAGACUGUUCUAUUCAAAUUUGUUUUUUUCUAAAUCUUCAUGAAAGAAGAAGAAGCGAUUUACCAGUUAUUACAUUUGUAGAUUCCACCAAAUCAUUAAAUAAGGUUUCUCACUCUCUGACCAGUGAUUCACCGGCCACUAGAUCGAUGAAGAAUUCCUCCAAAAGUUGCUCUUUAUCAAGUGAAUUAUGCCAUCGCAAUUCCCACGGCCUUCCAGUGGAGGUAUUUCGGAAUGUCCGUCGGAAAAUAACGAAUUUCUAGUAGCGAAAGAAGGGACUCCAGAAGAAUUUGGAAAAGUUUUGUGCUUUUUGACUUUUUCAUUAGUAGUACUAUUUUUUAUUUUUUGAUUGGUUGGAUCAAUUAUUUAGAAAUUAUUGGUUUGGUAUGUAGUUCACAUCAGUUAACGACAAAUUUGUAUUGAGCUUAUUACAAAUGUAUAUACAGCAGCUCUAGCUUCUUUAAUUUUCUCUUGUAACUGGUAAGUACUAGCUUUUUAAAAAUAAGGAAAGAUUGAUCAUUUAUUUCUUUAAA